AUGGCUUCGAGUAAAGGUCUUGGUCCCGUAUCACAGACCCAUCCUCCUUUGCACGAGAAAUUUGUGCCUAACCCCAACAAUACUGCCGCUCUUAACCAUCAUGGUCUCUCCUCUUCGGCUCUAAUCCUAGCUCUUCUGGGCUCGGCGAAUGCUGCUACCAUUGAGUUACAAUUUGCCAACGGGGACUCCGCCACUGGUGAAACGGACCCUGGUGUGAGCAGCGGCUGUACCUAUUGGGCCAAUUCUAUCGAGUCAACCGACACGUGUGCGGCGCUGGAAGAAUACUUUCGCAUCACAACGGCCCAAUUAGUUUCCUGGAACCCUUCUCUUUCAGCUACCGAUUGUACUUUGAACGAGGGAUGGAGCUAUUGUGUAGAAGCACCUGCAGUCAAUCCCACCACUACCAAACAGACAACCACCACGACUAAAGCCACAACAACCACUUCCACCACCCUCAAAACGACAACCACUACAACCAAACCCGGGGGCCCAUCCCCUACCCAGUCGGGCUUGAUCUCCACGUGUAAUUCUUAUUACUACGUACAGAAAGAUGAUUCCUGCUGGGCGAUUGUGAAUUCUUACGGCAGCUUCACCUUGGAUCGGUUCUACUCCUGGAACCCUGCUGUCAAGAACGACUGCUCCGGGCUCCAAGCAGGCUAUUAUGUCUGCGUUGGAGUCACCGGAUCCAAGACUACUACCACUUCGAAGACAACCACGACAGCACCGCCGACUACCACCACGGACCCUCACUCACCGCAUCAAAGUGGCAUUGCGUCGAAUUGUAACAAUUUCCAUUUCGUCCAAGCCGGCGACGAAUGUGGCAAGAUCGCCACUAAAUACGGCAUCACCCUUAGCAACUUCUACGCCUGGAACCCUGCUGUCGGAUCAAGUUGCAGUAACCUUCAAGCAGGUUACUGGGUUUGUGUUGGCGUUCCCGGUAAAACCACCACCACCACCACUAAGACCACUACAACCAAAAAGACCACGACAACUACAGGCACCGGGCCGUCUCCAACACAGUCCGGCAUUUUUGCGGGCUGUUCAGACUACUAUCAAGCCAAGGAAGGCGAUAGUUGCUGGUCAAUUGUAAACGAGAAAUACACCUACCUGACGACGGCCAAGUUCUACAAAUGGAACCCAGCCGUGGGAUCGACCUGUAGCAAUCUACAGGCGGGGUAUUAUUACUGCGUAGCGACAAAGGAUGAGGCACCGAUGCCAGACACGAUCAAAACAUGCAAAUCAUGGCAUCUCGUGGCUAGUGGUGACACGUGUUGGUCAAUUGAACAGAAGUACGGGAUUACAGCGACGCAAUUUGGGAAGUGGAAUCCUUAUGUAGGGUCGUCUUGUACGUCUUUGUGGCUAGGGUACUAUGUCUGUGUUGGUGUUUGA